UCGGUGGCGCCCUCAGGAAAAGUCCAGUCACUUCCUGAACAGUAAUCUGCCUGUGAGCAGCAGAUAGAUUCUCAUUGUUUGCCAUUUCCAGUUUCCAGUAAUGGGAACUAUUACUUGAUCUAGCCAGUUGCUGUUGAAGAUCUGGGAAAAAUUACAGAAUUUUAUCUGUUUCCAUAAAACAACAGAAAAAAGUGUAACCUGGUUUUGGUACCUGGAGACAUCACCUCUGAUGAUGAAUAUUGUUUUAUUUUGGAACUAAGUGUCUAUUCUUUGGGAACGAGAUGUAUCUUGCUCUUCUGAUGAUUUUCUUGCACUGUUCAGAACUUUUUGCUCAGGAGAGAGUUUUUACUUUCAACACAGUUGAAAUCACGGUUCAACCAUCUGGCAAAGUAAAGAAUGGAGCUCCUAUGUCAGUUAUCUGCCAUGCUGAUAUUAGCCAAAGUACCAAUUUCCAGCUGGAGUAUAAUUUUACAAUUUUUAAGGAUAGCAAGCUCGUGUUCAUGGCUGUCAAAGACAAAGGACAUGCACAGUAUGAAAUACCUAUGACUAGAUCUUCAGAUACAGGAGACUAUGAGUGUACUGUGGAAGCAGGUGGAAAGACAAAAUCCAGUAACUCCUUACAUGUUUGGGUAACAGGAAUGACCAAGCCAAUUCUGACUGCUGAGAAAAAUGAAGUUUUAGAGGGUGAAGUUGUGAAGUUACGUUGUGAGCUGCCAGAAGAAGAACCCCCUUUGUAUUUCAUUUUCCGGAAGAUGAAGAUGAAUUCAACACCUAAAGAAAAACAGAUACUUGAAAGAUACAGAAAUUUCUCUGAAGUGGAAUUUCCUGUUGAAGAAGGAGAUAAUAUUUUACAAUUUGAUUGUUUUGGUAGGAGAAGUGUAAAACUUGAAUUUGAAAGCUCAGACCACAGCAACAAAACACUUGUUACAGUCAGGGAACCUUUUAUAAAGCCUACUCUGACUGUCAAGCCCUCAACUAAUAUUACAGAAGGAGACAGAAUACAGUUUGAAUGCUCAACUGUGGCAGCCCAAAUGAAUAACAUUGAAAUCAUACUCCAGAAAAACAAAACAAUACUGAAGAGUGUACGAGAUGAGAAGGUUUUGAAAUACUUUGCAGUAGCUACUCUGGAGGACAGUGGUGAAUACCUGUGUAAGGUGGAGCAAGGGAGAGCAUCUAAAAGCACCAAACUAAGUGUUGUUGUGUCAGAGUUAUUCCCCAAGCCAACAUUGGCUGCUUCUAUGAGUAAACUGGAUGAAAAUAAAGAACUAACUUUGAGUUGCAGCAUUAAUGGUUUUAGGAAAGCAAACUUCUCUGUGUUUCGGAGAAAUUCAGAUGGAGAUAUCUGGUUGAGAAAUUCUAGAAACUUAACCAUGAGAGUUAAUGUGAAUCAUACUGGAUCCUAUGUCUGUAAAGCUGAAGUAAAAGGAAUAGUCAAGGAGAGCAAACCUGUAAGGAUAAAUGUUUAUGCUCCAGUCUCCAAGCCAACCCUUUCUGUUGCCAGUGGUUUGCCAGAGGUGGUGUUAGGGAAGCCUUUGUGGUUAAUCUGUCAUUCAGCAAUGGGAACACCUCCAAUAACAUUCACAUUCUACAAAGGAAAUGAAGUUAAGAAAGAAAUAGUUAAUGACACCUAUGCCACGUUCUUGGAUGAAAAUAUUGGACAAAACGACAGAAAUGGAUACAAAUGUGAAGCUAAAAAUAAUCACUCCAGUGGUGUGAAAACCAGCAAUAUUUUAAACAUCACAGUAAUAGUACCUAUCAAAAAUGCCAGCUUGGGCAGCUUUCCAUACGGAGAAGUGGAAGAGGGCAGUGAGACUGCUUUUCUCUGCUCUGUGAAAGAAGGAUCUUGGCCGAUCCACUUUCGGAUUUUCAGAAAAACUGAUCAUGAAGUUCUUGUGUUUGAAACAAGAGAACACUCAGACAGAGUCAUGUGGCGCAAGGAAGCAAUGAACAGGCAGGACACAGGGACAUAUUACUGCAUGGCUUCCAAUCGAGCCAAUGUGGAUGUGAGGAGCCACCCAAUAACCAUCAAUGUCAUCUUAGCGGCUUGGCAGAAAGGAGUCAUUGCUGCAUUUGUCCUAAUACCCAUUGCAGGAGCAGUAACUCUGGCUUUGUGGUGGUUUUUGUGUAAGAAGAAAAAGGCUAAAGGACCAUCCAUGGAGAUGUCUGGUUCUGCCUUGGCUGCAAACUUGACAAGUGAAAAACUGACCAGACAGCACAGUGAUGGAGACUACUAUUCAGGAUCAGGUUACAUUGAAGAUAGUGAAAAUCAUAUGAAAGCAACAGAUGAAAGUAAAGGACCUGACCUUGAGAGUGAUGAGGUGGAGUACACUGAAGUUGAAGUAUCAACGCUUGAUCCUCACAGAGCUCCUGUACAGAAGGGGACUGAAACAGUUUAUAGUGAAAUCAGAAAAGCUAAUAAUGAUUCUCUGGAAAACAGGCAUUCUAGAAUACAAGGGCAUCCUGAUGCUACUUAGAACAUCUCAAACAUCAGCUGGGAGAAGAAAACAAGCCAAGAUGGAAGAUGUUGCAAAUGUUUCAAAAGCUCUGCAGCACUUAUUUAUGAGUUUGCCAGGCUCUCUUUUCAAAGUUUAUUUCCUCAGGGGGAACAAUAGAGAAGUUCCUAAAGCAUUUAAUGGAAAAAAACUGCAAAUAAAAAUUCUCAUAGGAAAGUGGCUCUGGAAACCAUUGACCUAGGUUCCCAUCUUUAAUUUCUCCUGCUAAUGCAAUUUUGCCUUUCUAGCUUCUGGUUCAUCAUGCUCUGAGGAAAAACUUGCUUUAAACUUGGUUACCAGUAGCACUCUCCUGUAGCAGAAGAGAGCUCAGCACAGCUGGACCAUCCAUGUAUGUACUUUGACAUGAUCUUGCAGCUUGUGCUGAGCUCCCUGUGCUGCAGCAGCUGGACUGCUCCCAGUCUUGGAGCCAACUAAUUUAUCACUCACUUGGAUGCAACACUGCCAUGAGGGCCUGAUGGAGGAGUGAGCUCUGGGCUCCCUAAGAACUUGAAUAACUGUUCAGAGACUCAGAACUUUACCAAGUGCUUCUAUCAGUAGAGGCACAAAUAUUCUUUAUUCUUCACUAAAUUGCUUUUCCCCUUUAAAAGUUCUCAGGCUUGUUGGUUACUUUGAUGUGAUGGUUCUCUAAGGAAUGAUUGCCCAUCACAGUUUUUUUUUUGGAUGAUGCACCACGUAGGUCUUUAGUGGGUGGAUAUACUACACCCAGAUCAGUGAGUUUGUACCUGAAAAUCCUGUUACAUAUAAUCCUUAUCCCUUUGAUUUCAGGAAAGGUCUGAAGUCUUACUCGUGUCCUGUUUGUCCAGUAUGGAAUUCCAUACUUACCUUUUUUUCUGUAUAGUAUGAUAAAGCACUAACACAGAUCCAGUAGGGACUUGGAUCUAAUCUUUGCAUGUUUAUCUCAGUUGCAUUAGUUUAAAAAAAGAACACAAAACAAAUUAGAAAAAGUACUUUCCCAACUCCUUAACCAGCUGGAUUUGACACUGCAAUUGCUCUCCUUUUCUUACUGCAGAUUAAAUUACUACAAGAUCUGGGCCACAGGUAAGAAGGUUCUCAUUUUAAUUAGAAAACAGUGAAAGAGAGGACAGGGAUGGAUUUGUAUAUAGAUAUAUAGUUACUGCUUUAAGCAUUGAAUCAAAACCACAAAACCAGCAAGGAAUACAAAAGGGUUUUAUAUCCUCAUUCCAAACGUUUAAAUUUUCAAGCUCCAGUUACUGGCUAAUAUCUCUAAUUUAUUGUUCCCUAUGCAAAUAUGGUUUGUAUCAUAAGCCUUUCACAGAUGACUGACUUCAUGGCACUCUUUGGUCAGCAGAUGUUCUUUCUAGCAUCCCUCGAGUGUCCAUACAAAUUAGUAUAAGGAAUGUGAAGAGCUAUUUUAAUAAAGAAAACUCUGAAUUGA